CGCGCGCUGUCAAAUCAUAACAAAACAACAAAUCGCGCUCUCGCUAGUGCGCUGCAAUUCGAAGGGCGAAAUUUUACAAGAAAAUACUUGUUUCAAAACAGUUCUACGAACUACAUUUCAUUCGCAGUAACAAUGAACGACAGUUUCGGCGCCAGUGGAUUCAAUGCCACCGCCACUGGUAGUGGCGCUGCGCAGGAAAACAAAGCCGAAGGCAUUCUGCCCUUGACGAUAGGGCAAAUUCUUGAAUCGUCGGAAGAUGGAAUUCAACUUUACGGUGUCCACUACAGCAUGCUAUCGUUACUGGCGAUCGUACGGAACGUCGAACAUUCCUCAACGAAGAUCACCUACCGACUGGAGGAUCACUCGGGCCAGCUCGAUGCUCAUCUGUGGCUAGAGGAGGGUAACUCGGAUAAAGUACCAGGUGUCUCGACCGACACGUACGCACGUGUCAUCGGUUCCGUUAGGAACCACGGAGGAACUAAGACGGUUAUGAUUUUCCACAUCAAUCAAAUUUCCUCCCCGAAUGAGGUGACCACACAUCUGCUGGAGGUGCUGAACGCCCGCUACAAGGGUGAACAAUACGCAAAGGGUGCGGCCGGCGGUGCCGAGGGUGCGAGCGAGCAACCGUCCGCCUCCACCGGGGGCUUUAUGGAAACCGAUGGCAAUGCGAUGGGCCUCUCGGGCAAACAGCUGGUGGUUUUCAAGGCGAUCAAAAAUCAUAUGUCCGACACCGGAAUCAGCCGGCAGGAACUGCAGAAGAAGUUUUCCCACAUCAACGCAGCCGAGUUGGCGACUAUUGUCGACUAUAUGACACAGGAGGGUAUUAUCUACACCAGCGUCGAUUCAGAUCACUUCCUCUGCGUGGAUGCGUGAUGCGAUUACCUCGUGAACAAAAUGGUACAACUGUGUUUCCAUGCAUUACUGUAUUUUACAUCUAUUAUUAUCCAUGAGUAUGUUUAUGUUAAAACCAUAAGUUAUUAUGAAUGGCUUUAAAGCUCAUAA